AUGACGAGCAAGACUACAGAUACGGGAGGCGUCCAGGUGUUGCACUACCUGAAACGUAACCGAAAGUUCACACGGGACCAAUUCUGGGCCUACUGGAAAGAUAUCCAUGGUCCAAAGCUUGUCCCUUUGGCUGAGAAGUACGGAUUCACACACUACCAACAGCUCCGCACGUUUGGCAAGGUAACUCCUGCAUCUUCUCCUGAAUCUGCCCCGAACGUGGAAGACGUGGAGUCGAAGGGUGAGACAGCUGGGCUGGUAGAGUUUGAUGGCAUUGCCAUGUUCCUUGUUCCUUCGCUGGACAGCUUUAAGGCUGCCGUUGAGGACCCAUACUAUCUCAAUGUGGUUCAACCGGACGAAUACAAUCUGAUGGACAAAAGCGCACCAGGAAGGGGAGUGGUUGCGAGUUUCCAGGGGCUGAUGGUCCCCAUAGUCCAGAAUGGAGACGAUGUGACGGGAGAUGAGCAGAGAGCCGAAGUGCAGAAGUCCAGGGAGGCCUUUGCCGAGAUCAGUGGAGUUGCUAAGGCUUGA